AAGUCAAAUAAUAUCUUGCCUAUAAAUAGAAAUUGUUAAUGUUUUUAAACAACAUUAAACAAAUAUUCAAUUUUAUCUUUGUUCUACCUACAUAGUCAUGGAUCUGUACAUUACAAUUUACAAUGUACAUUAGUGCGUCACAGUCGAGUGAGUCGAGUGAGUCGAGUUAACUUCAGUUUCAGUUUAAUAUUUGAGCAUCACGUGGUAGGGAUACAUAUUUUGGCGGACAGACGAUUUUUACUGAUACGCAUUUUUCGAAUUGUAUUACGCAGUUUACAAAGUGCCUCUAUAAUUUAGAUACGUAAUAAAAUAAAGGAUAUUUUUGUCUUAAUAAUUAACAUAAUUCCUUGAUUAGAUGUAGCGAAAAUUUAUUGAAAACGGUAUCUGAAGUUUACGUGCAUGCAAACUCGCCGGGAAUGUGAAACGUUAAACUGUUGUAUACCCAAUUGUAUCUCUUUCCAAAAACAAAACUUGUUUUCGUUGGUUGCAUUGUGGUUUCCUGAUACAAAGAAAAAAACGGGGAGAGGGAAAAAAAGGUAGGAGAAAGGAAAACGUAAACAGAGAAAUGAAGAAAGAGCUGAAGUAGAAGGAGGUAGUCUUUGAAGAUAUCGAAUGUCUAUAAAAAAAGAUUUCCAAAGGGAAUCAGUAAACGAUUUCAUUUUAAUUUCAUGCGAUAUAUUAGUAAGAGCGCAGAAGAUCUUAUUUUAAUUUUCGUGGACAAUUCUUCGUAGACACAUUUUUGAUGAGAUGAACGAAAUUUCAUUGUAAUUCUUUGAAAGACGAAGAUUCGUAGAAUGGCUUCUAACAUGCAAUCUUUCCUGCGAAUGCUGAAAAUGCUGCGGGAAAAUAGCAAUAUCAAGGAAAAACGUGAAGCUUUAACCUAUAUCCGCAGCAACAGUAAAAAAUUAGAAUCUACAAAAUCUAUUAAAGAAGAGCAAUAUAAGGAAUUAUGUAAACUGGUUAUAGAUGCAUUUGCAAAUGGAAAUAAUGACAUACAGAACGAAGCAUAUGAAACAUUAAAUGUAGUUAUUCAGGACUUCAAAGAUCAUACUUUAAAUUUAUUUGAAGCUAUGUGGCAGAUAAGUCCAAAAAAUAGAUUAAAAAUUCUUAAGUUAUUAGAGGUAGUUGAAGACAAUGCUAUAUCAACAUUUGCUUAUGACGCAUAUGCUGUAAACUUCUUUAAUAAUUGUAUGUGUACAAUACAAACAAAUACAAUGCCAUGGACGGCAUCAAAUGCAUGCGUAGAUAAUCUACAAGCACUGAUAGAUGCAGAAAGUAAGCCACUAUCAGAUGACCAAAGGGUAGAAGAAGAAACAAUUAACUAUUGUAUAACUUUAUUAAGAAGAUUGUAUAAAGUGGCUGCAACAACAUCAGAUAUUAAAGUUCAAAGAUUUCAUGCCUUGUUAAUGGAUAAAGUAAUACUGUUAGCUUAUAUGGGUCAUAAACGACAAAGAGGUCCUGCUUUAAAACUUUUGCAACAAGCUUUAGCUACAAAUAUAGUAUCACAUGUUCGUACUAAAUUAGCACCUGCAUGGACUCGUUAUAUAGCAACAUUACAGUCUACAUACUGCAAACGUAUGUUACUUUUAGUAUCUACAUGUGAACUAGAUUGGGCUACACAAUGGAAUGUCAGUAUUCAGUUUCUUGGUGUGGACCUCCAUCGUGGUGCUGGUUUAAUAAAUAAUUUAUUAAGUGUUGAAGAAAAAGCAUUUAAAUCUACAGAUACAAUUAUACGCAGGCAAGCAUUUCUUUCAUGGAAAUUACUGGUGGACAAUUUUGCUUUAGACCCACAAGAACUUGCUACUGCUAGACGAGUAAAAUUGUUAUGUAUUCCAUUGAAUGCCAAAAAUAGUAAAACUGAAUUAAUAGCAUUAACAAAGCUAGAAGUUUGGUGGCAUGUGAUUAUUAGGCUUUAUAAAGACAUUCAUAAAUUUGUUAAUCCUGUAAUCACACAGUUUUUAAAUUUUUGUUUUGGACCUCUUGGAGAUACACCAUUAUUAUCUUCAAAGUUUGAUGUGGUAGCCUCACCAGGAAAAAGAUUUUUUAAAACAAAAGUUGUUGCUGUGGAUGCUUUAUGUCAACUUCUUGUCACAAAACAAGAAAGUUAUACUGCUCCAAUUUUGGAAGAAAGACUUCCGCAUCCUAUAUCCGAUACUGUCUUUCGAGAAUGUUAUAAAAGUAUAAUUCACAGUGUAGGAGAAGCUCUACUUGUACUGAGCCAACUUACAAAUGCAGAAAUGAAAAACAGAUAUCAAUUUGGUAAAAUACUAUGGACAAGCUUAGUCAGUUAUGUAAAAAUUAAAAUUAGAUCAGAAUCAAAAAUUGCAGAAAAGGAGAUUAUGUAUAAAGACAUGACAAGGGUUAUUAUAGAAUUAACAAACUAUGCUGGGGAUAAACCAAUGAUUAAAGAUUUGAUUCUUGACACAAUCUUAUUUGAAAUUGCUGAUUUAAGUACAGAUUUUGAUUUCCAAGAUGAUACAUUGUCAAAAUUAGUAUUCAAACUUCUACAAACUUCAAUUCUAAAUAAAGCUGAAAAGAAUCAUUAUGAAGCAUUAAAAUGUCUUAUUUGGCAAUGUAUUAAGUCUCAAAAGAAAAACGUGUAUUAUCUACAUGCAUUUAAUUGUCUGAAAGAACUGCAUGAAAAGAUAUAUUUACUAUUAAAUGCAGAAGAUAAAAAUGAAUCUGUUGUUCUUGAAUUAUGGUUUAUUUUGGCACAUGUAUUAGGAGAAUACAUGAGUGAUAUACAAGAAAUUAAUGAAGGAAGUAUUACAGAACAUAACUUUAAAACUGUUGAAUCUAUUGUAGCAUUUCCAUUUAUGUAUAUGCAUUUGGAGGACCACAAACAGGUUCAAGAAGUAGCAAAGGCUUGGAAACGUUUAUAUAAGCAUUUCGAAAUGCGAACAGAUCUUAUAACAACAGUAAAAUCAAACGAAGUUUUGUUAAAUAUUGCAAGUAUUAUGCAACAUUGUUUAACAGAAAACGGAGAAUCUUCUAAUCUUAUUUUAAGCUGUUUAGACAUUUUGCUGAAUACUAUCAACUAUAAGCUUUUAUUGGCGGAUACAGAAGUUCCAUCUAUUAUACAUCUUGUCGUGGAUCUUGUCAUGUACUUUUUAUCCCAUAAAAAAACUAAAGAAUGUGAACAUGCUCUUAAAGCACUGUCAGCAGUAAUUAUUACUAUCUAUGGAUAUAAUGCAGAAAAAGCACUAUUAUAUUUGCUCAUUUGUAAACCUGCUAUUGAACUCAUGCUUCAAUCUGAAUUAGAAAUGCUACAUAAAGAGAUAGCAAGUACAUGGGAAAGUGUAAUUAUAAUUUUUAAAGGACUUGGUAAACUAAUAAAUUAUAGUCUUCUUUCAUCUUACAAAAAAAUAAUUAUUAAAGCAUUAAAUCAUUCAAAUCUUGACAUACAACUUCAAACAAUGUCUCUUUUCCAAUUGAAAAAUGUGUUAUGUGAUAGUCCUAAAUUAAUAUUGGAAGAAAUUGAAAAAGAAGUAGGGAAAAAUAAGAUAUUAAGCAAGGCUGAAAUUACAAAAAUGAAAAAUGAUCAAAUUGAAAAGUCACUAAACCAAGUAAGUACUGUUAGUGGUUUCUUAAAAGGAAUUAAUAGCCAAAAAAUAGUUAAGGAAUCAGAACCAGUCAAAAAUACAGGAAAGAAAGUAUCAAUUGACGCCGAUUCACAGGAUUAUGUUUUUAUUAAAACAGAUUUAAAGUUUGAUGUCAAUCGCUUGACAGAACACCAGAAAGAGUCUUUGAAACGAAGAAAAGAAGAUAUUGCAGCAUUGUAUAAUGAUUUUUCACAAUCUUCAUCACAAGAUAGUCAAAAUUUACAAGAAUGGUUUGAUAAAAAAAGUAAAGGUUUAGGAGAAGCAGAGAAAGAUCAUAACAAAAAGGAUAAUAUUUCAAUAAGAAAUAUAUUGGACGAUGAUGCAAAUAAAGAAAACAAAAUUGAAAUGAAGGAAUUAGAAGCAGUUAGUAAAUCAACCGCUGAAAGUGAUACAAAAUCAACAGACAACGUUGAACAAAAUAUACCAUCAGAAUCCGUGCAAAAAGCAAAAGAUAAUGCUUACAGUAAUGAAAAUUUGCUUAUAGAAGAAGAUCAAAUGAUAACAGUCAAAACUGCUUAUGGCAAUGCAGAUCCAAAAACUUCAGCAGAUUUAGAUGAUAAUACACAAGAGAAAUCUUUAGAAAAUAAAGAUGACAAAAGUCUAUUUCCAUCUAUUAUAGAUAGUAGUAAACGACGCAAUCGUAAUGUUACUCUAAAGCUUGCUACUCCGUCAAAACUUGAAGAAAUUGUUUAUAAUCAACCGGGACAGUCAAACACAAAUAAGAUUUUGCGAAGCACCUUAAAGACGAAAUUAAUCCAAGACAAGUCUGAAAUAAUUAAUAAACAAAAAGCAUCGGAAAAUGUAGAGAAUAAAUUGACCAAAGAAGAAAAAAGAGGUAUUAAACGAAAAUCAAUUUCAGAUAGUGAAAGCGAAACAACUAAUGCGCGUCAACGAAGGAAAGUUCUUAUAACGGAGACAGCUAGUGAUAGCAAUAGAUGUAAAUCUGUAGAAAAUGAUAAUGCAGUAAUGAGUAUAAUAGCAAUUGAUGAAGCGAAUUUAAGCCAACGUACUAGGAAUGAAAUAUCUCGUUUACGUAUAAAUAUGGUAUUUGACAGUCCCUUAUCACGUAGUCGGCGAUCCAAGUAUUGUGAUGAUAAAAAGCAACCAGAAGAAAACAAAGGUGCUAAUAUUGGAAAGAGAGAAGCGAAAAAUAGAAGCAGAUCUAGGAAAUCGGAUAAAAUUGAAGUUAAAAAAGGUGAAGAUACAAGAAAGAUCUUACAAAAUAAAAAGAGUGGAUUGGAAGAACAAAGAAAAGUCGAAGAAAAUACAAAAGAAGAAACUGCAGAGACAGAAGUUAAUUCAAAAAGUAUACCAAAUAAUAAGUGCGAUUUACUUAAUACCGAAAGAGUUAUUGAAAUUAAUGAUACUGUUCAAAAUAUUAAAUUUACUGAAGGUAGAAGUCACACUCAAAAUGAUAUGGAAGAUGUAAUAGAAGAUUCACAAGCAUUAUCUAAAUCAGAUAAAAGUAAAUUAUCAAAAAUAAGAAUUGAACUUAACAAAAUUGAAGAUACAAAAACUAUUUUACAGAAUAAAAAAAAUUCAUUAGAAGGAGAAAAAGAAGUAGGGGAAAAGAAACAAGAAGAAAAUGUACAGACAGAAAUUACUUCAAAAAAUAUAUCAGAUGAUAAAUGUGAUUUACUUUGUACAAAAAAAUCUACUGAAAAUAAUGUUGAAGUAGUUAAUAAUAAUAAAUCACAUAGCAAAACACAAAUUUUAAAUCAAGAUCUUAAAUCUAUAGAAGGAAAAAAUCAAACUCAAGAUGAUGCAGAAGAUAUAGUAGAAAGUUCCCAAGAAACAUCAGAAUUAUUAAAAAAAUGUACUGAAAAACAAUGUUUUAUUAAAAUUAAUAAAAUGGACGAUAUUUCUCCUUUGGUGAAAUGCUGUGAUGUUACAGCUGAGGAUGAGGAAGUAGGUAAAAUUGUUUCAAUUGAUUGUGAUAACGACAAUAUCGAAGUUCCUAAAGAUAAUGUUAAGGAAUUUGAAGAAACCAAUGAAAUCAGUAUCAGUGGACCAAAGAUUUCAACUUCUAUUAUUGAAAAUAAUUUAUGUGAUAAUGAAAAGGAUAGUGUAUCUGAAGUGCAGAAAGUAAAUGAUAGUAAAUCCUUGCUUGAGUUCUCAUCGCCUAAAAGUAAUAUCAAACGCCAGACAAAAUUAAAAAUCUACUCAACACAAGGACGUGCAGCUCAUAUGUUAGGGCUAGUAACAAAACAAGCAAGAAUGGAAGCUGAAGACUAUGUAAUUAUUUUAGAUGAAGAACAUACAGUUAAAAGAGUAAAAUCCAAAGAUACGGACAAUGAUAUGUUGCUUGGGAAAAAAGAACAAGCAACUAUGUUGAAAGAAGUUGAUAAAAUAACAGCAACAUGUAGCAGCAGACAAGAGAAAAUUUUUAAUAAUAUGAGAUCAACAGAUUAUUGUUCUUCUCCCCCAAUAAAAUUAUUUUCUAAUUUGAAAAAUGAUGGAGAAAAAGUUUUUACAAAAGCUGACAAAUCAGUAGAUUGCAUAUCUGCACAAACUGAUGCUCAAACUGAUAAAAUAGGCGAAGAAACCAUGCUUCAAGCAGAUGAAUUGCCAAUUCUAGAAUGGUCAAGUGCAAAUCCACCUUCAUUGACUGCAUCUCCAAGUGCAAGUAUAUUGAAACGUCAACGUCAAUAUAUUCCAGAACCUGAUCCUGAAUCUGUAACUCCUAGUAAGCGAAAAAGAGUAAGCUUUGCGGAUCCUCCAGUUUCAAAGGAAAUGGGAUAUGAGACAUCUACUGACUCAAUCUAUAAAGUUACUAAAUUUACUUCACGUGGACUAGUACGUAAGGAUUCGCCAUCAAGGUUGAAACAAAUUAAGCAGAAAUUGGUAUCAACAGACUCAGAUAAGUUGGAGAAAGAUGAAGAAACUGAUGUGACAAAUGCGUCCGAAGUUGACAUACAAUGUGAAAGAGAAAACGAAUUAUUAACAAAAAUAGCUGAAGAAUUAGAAUAUUCAGAGAAUGUUACUAUAGAUACUGAUGUACAAAUGUGUAAUUCUGUAGAAAAUGAGUCGACAAAUGUAGUUCCAAUGCCAAAUAAUAUUAAAAUUAAUAAUUUAAAUGUUGAACUUGAAAUUACGCAUGAUUCAACGUUUUCCAAACAUGUAGAACCAACAUUUACAAGCAAAAUAGAUCAAAGUAUAAAAGAUGAAAUUUUGGAAAUAUCAAAAGAUUGUGAUGUUAGUUUAGAAAGUAAUGAAUUUGAUCAUUCAAUGACACAGGAAGACAUGUUUACCAGAAUAGAUACUAAACAUAAUGAUUUUGUCGAAGAAAGGACUUCUAACGUUGAUACAAGUGCUAUACAAAAUACAUCUAUUAUGAAUAAUUCAUUAGAUCUGCUGAAAUUCAAUGUUCAGGACAAUUCUAUAAUAAAACAUUCAUCAGAAAAACAUGCGAAUUCUGAAUAUUUGGAUGAUACAAUAGAUGCAGCAAACUUUACUGUAUUGAAUUCUUCAGCAAACUCAGACGAAAUUUUCUGUGGAAAAUUAAUAAGGACUAGUACACAAGCGACUGAGAAUACGCAAGAGAAUAUGCAAGAACAAGAUACUCUACCCGUUACAGAUUCAGUUUUUGGAAGCUUACCUUCAAGUCAAGACAGCCAGAAUACAAGCGAAUUUAAUGUAGAAACUCCACAUCCAGAAUUAUUAGAUUCUAUUCAACCUAUAUAUCCCACAUUAAUACUGUGUAAAGAAUCUAUAACAUCUAUUAUUGAUCAUUUGACUAAUCCUCUUUGGGUGCAACAUUUAUUUAAGUAUUUUAAACAUAGAAAUGUUCAAACCAUUGGGGAUCUCGCACAAUUAUCUGAACGUGAAAUAAACAGAAUUCCAGUAAAGAGUAAUUCAAAAGUUGAAUUUGUAAAAAAUGUUUUAAAAUGCUUUGAGAAAAAAAAUGCUGAAAAAGUAUCAAAUAACAACGAAGUAUCAUGUUCUGUAAAUAUUAAUGUACCUGCAUCUACACGGAAAGUAACGACCGAAGAUCAAGCAAUGAAAAACAGCACUGAUGAAAUACAUAAUGAAUUAAUAUAUCAUAUACCAUUAAGCCAGUCAAGCUCUAGUACAGUUUUUAACAAUGUUAUAAUUGAUAAGAAUGCACGUAAGAUGUUUAAGGAAACAACAGAAUCAGCUUCAAAUGAAUUGUCAAAUAUGCUUACAGUUGAUACUUGUAAAGCUAAUUUUCAAGCAAUGUGUGAAGUUGCACAAACGACUAGAUCAGAAUCAUCAAAUGUGACAACUAGACAAAUUACGAAUACGCCAGCAUCAUCUAAGGUUACCAUUUCUACAUCAGAAAGUGGUACUGAAAAUUCUAGCUCUUGCGCUGGAAAUGCAGUGACAACAACACAAGCAACAAAAACUGUUGCAACCUGUACUAGUAUUGACUCUAUUUAUCUAUCCAAAGCAGCAGCGAAUAAAGCGACAAAAUCGGUUGCAGCACAAAUGGCUUUGGAAGACCUUCUGGAUGAGAUAGAUGUUAACUUAGUGCUAGAGAGUGCAGUAAGGAGAUGCACUCCAGAAAAACUUCUUCUACAAUAUAAAAACAAAAUGAGACAUGUAUCACAGGUAGAACUGGAAAGUGAAACCAUCAGAAUGCUUGGCACUGAAAAUAGAAAAAAUUCUAAUGAAGUAAUAUUGAAGAUGGCAUGCCGUGCUUGUGGAGUGAAUAAAGUUUUGCUUCGGCUUCCUGAUAUUUUCAGUGCUGACAAACAAUUUUUUGUAAAAGUAUUGAAUACAUAUAGAAAAAAGAUAAAGACCAGUGAUUGUUUGGAUAUUCUCAAUUUUAACGAAGUUAAGGAUGCUGUUUAUGAAAAAUGUAUAUCUUCAGAACUUGCUGAAAUGUUGUCCAAAAAAUUGAAAGAAGAAGAACAACAGGGGAUAAGGAAGCCUAUGACAGAAUUAUCUAGUUUGAACGCUAUGUUAAAAAGAAUGCCAAUGGACGUAAUUAUUAGCCAUACAGUCGCAAAUGAUGAAUUAAUACCACCGCGUGUCGUUUUAGAUAUAGCAUUGCAAAAUAAUAGUCCAACUGACAUAGCGCAAGCUUUAGAAUCUCAAUCUUCUCCUGUUCUGGAGAAUAUUUUUAGUAAUCUUUGGUCUUCCCAGUUUGCAGUCGAAUGUAUCGAACAAUUCUGUGAAUCGAAAGAGGAUUUAUUAAAGAUUUUUGAAGCUGUCAGUUCGAAGUUCAGUCAGGAAGAUCUUCUCCAAGCAUUCUAUGAAUCUAUGAAGACUAAACUAAUGGUAAAACAAGAGAACGACUAAAACAAGUGUUUUUAUUUGCUGAUCGAUUCACGAUCUUUGUGUAUGAUAUUUAUUAUUAAUAUUAUUUGUAAUCAUUCUCGAUGAUAUGAUCCUUGACAACACUGACAUGUAUUAUAGUAUCGUUUUCUUCGCAAAUUAAAUUUUACGGAGAAAUCUGUCGAUAGUAUUAUGUUAUGGCAUGACAUAUAUUAACAACUUUGUACUAAGUAUAGAAGGUAUUUAUUAAGAGAACAAUUGUCUCAAUGAUUUAAUAUUUUAAAAUUCUGGUUGUAAUUAUAUUGAAUACCAUUAAUACCUGACUUAACUAAAUAUGCUUAUUAUAUUCGUUAUGUUCUCAUGUAUUAUUAUGUAAAAAAAAUAACAUUUUUUAUUACUUAAUUUUCGAUUAUUUUCACAUUUAUUUCGUCUAUUUUGUAAAAUCAAUAAUGUAAUAUGUAAUAGCUCCAAUCAUAAUUGGAUGUAUUAUUUUUAUUGAUAAUUUGUAAUUCCAAUUUUGAGAAUGAAAAAGUAGUUACUUUGUAUUAUGCUAGAUCACUCAUACAGAGAAGUACUUGAGACGUGAUUAUAAACUGAACCUUUUUGUAAAUGUUAUGUCAUAUAAAAGAAAAAUACCCUCUGAGCAAAUAAGGAUACUCGAUAAGACUUAAUGCAAUAAAAUACUGACUGACAGAUUAAUAGAAUAUGUUUCAUUUCAAAUGAUGAUCGUGCCACUACUUUGAUUUUGGUGCGUUUAAAGAAAAGUAUUCUAUUUCAGUUAAAGUUAGAACUGAAAAUUAAACUUAUAUAAAUCUGUUAUACAAGCUACGCAUACAACGUCUAUUAAUUUUAAAGUAUACAAUAUUGUAAAUAUUACGGAUGUAGAUUAACUGUAAUAAUAAUAGUAAUUGUUGAAAAAAUAUCAAUAUCAGUUUGCUAUAUAUUGGUUACUAUGUUAAUCUGUUUAGAAGUCAAGGAUCAAAUAUGAACAUUUAACACCUAGUUUUUACUAAAUUGAGAUAGAAAUUUCAAGUCUUAGUUUUUACAAGAUUCCUUGUCUUAAUUUGGGAAGAAAGGAAGAAAAAAUUUGGAACAAAGUUAGAAAAAAGCUUUUGUUUCAAUGUAAAAGUUGUGUUUGAACUUUAAAGUAUUUUGCACAGACUGGUACUUCAGAGAUUAUACAUUUAAGUACUGUUUUGCGUAUAAAGAAAAAAAAUCUAUUUUGUAGGUAGUGUUUUUGCGAGUGUUUGCAUUGAAAAUGGAGGAGAGAGAAAGGAUAAAAGCAUAAAACAAUGCAUAUGUAUUUUUAAACGUGAAUUGACCAAAAGACAGAUUCAGAUAAGUUCAUAUUUUUUAUUGAAAGCUUGUUCAUAAUUAACAGUAACCUGAGAAGUUAAAUUUCUGAUAUUAAAGAUAUUUUAUAUCAGUAGUUUCAUGAAAUCUCUCAUUGUUAUUAAUCAUAUCUCCACUGAUUGUAGAAAAAGCCAGCUAUUUUUAUUAAAUGCUUUAUUAUUCUUUAGGAUGUAUAUGAAUAUGUAUAACAUCUCAACAUUACAUGAUCUGUGAAUAAGAAAGUUGUUAUUAUUUGACUGUUACCAUUCUUAUAUUAUUGUUAAUUGCCAGUUAUUUCCUCUCGUACAAAUAAGUAAAUUUGUUUGUUAAAAUGUUUCUUGUUAUGAGAUUCAAUUGCAAUGGAUAUUGAGCGAGUACUAACAAUUGAUUUGAUCUGAAAUUUUCAUGUUGAGAUGUUACAUAGUUUAGAAGUAAUUUUGUACAUACGAGAUAGGUACCUUGACACACAAGAUGUACUUGUAUCUAUCAUAUCAUUAUAAUAAUGAUAAAAAAAAAGUAUACAUAUAGUAAAAAAUAUAAAAAAAAAGAACGUUAAAUAUACAACAAUGGAUGGUUACGAACAUUUACUACAGAUUAUAAAGAAUGAUAAGCUUUAAAUAUUAGAAGUAAGCAUUUCUUCAACGUUCUUUAGAUAUAAUAACGACAUGUAAGGGCAUGCUAAUAUCGAUAUGAGAUGUAAGAGUGCCUCGAACAAGCAAAUAAUUAUACAUUUUCAAAGUUUGACGUUUUGCAUACGUUUAGGUCUUACUUUACGAAAAAUGAGAUCUAACAGCAACAAUAAUAAUUUUUUCAUUAGUGCAAAUCUAUAGGUAGGGAUAAAUUGAUAUAUGUUCUUGAUUAGUCAUUUUCUCCGUAUGUCUCACAAGUUAAUGUUUUAAGUAAAAUAUGUUAAAAAAGACAGCCUGCUCCUUUCUGCGUUAUAGUUUGGUAUGAUUUUUCAGCACGAAGGAAAACAAAAUUUCUUCAGUUUUAUUAAUUGGAGCUUAUGUUUCAGAAUUUAAUUUUUGGAAACUUAUUUUUCUAAUGAACAUUCUAGCCACUAAUUUUUAAAAUGAAGAUUCUAAAAGAGAAAGAAGAUAGAAGAAAAAGGAGGAAAGAGAGAUUAAUCAAAAGUUGCAUCAAUUUUUUCUUUUUUAGGAUUAAUAGGCACAGAAGCAAUUUUGUUGCACGUAUCUUUCCAAAGAAGUCUAGUUUAUGUAGUAAUUCGUGGCUUUUAAAUCCUCAAGAUUUGUUAAUUGGAGAAACUCCUAUGUGAUAAAAGUAACUAUUUAUUCCUGUGAAUAUAAAAUUUAAAUUAUUGGCAAAUAUUGUACUUCUCUUUAUCUAAUCUGAUCGAAAGGAGCUAUAUACUUCUGCUGAUGCAUUAAUCAUAUACAUAUGUGUAAGCAAUUUCAGUUACAGUUUAAACGAUAUAUACAUAGGUUUUCUUGGGUCUUAAACAAUAUGAUACAUGUAACAAUGAUAAAUUAUAUAAUAGAUUAUACACGUAUCUAUGUGUGACCUGUAAUGAUAAAUCAAUAUUUUAUAUAAAUUGAUAAGACGCAAUAAAUGAAUUUUAUAGU